AUGGUCAACUUCACGGUCGAUGAGAUCCGUGCGCUUAUGGAUCGCAAGCGCAACAUCCGUAACAUGUCCGUCAUUGCUCACGUCGAUCACGGAAAAUCCACCCUCACCGAUUCCCUCGUCUCCAAGGCCGGUAUCAUCGCCGGAGCCAAGGCCGGAGAAACUCGUUUCACUGACACCCGUAAGGACGAGCAGGAACGUUGUAUUACCAUCAAGUCUACUGCCAUCUCUCUUUUCUUCGAGCUUGACAAGAAGGAUUUGGACUUCGUCAAGGGAGAGCAACAAUUCGAAACCGUCGAGGUCGACGGAAAGAAGGAGAAGUACAACGGUUUCUUGAUCAACUUGAUCGAUUCCCCCGGUCACGUUGACUUCUCGUCUGAAGUUACUGCCGCUCUUCGUGUUACUGAUGGAGCUCUCGUCGUCGUCGAUUGCGUCUCCGGAGUGUGUGUCCAGACCGAAACUGUGCUCCGUCAAGCUAUUGCUGAGCGUAUCAAGCCAGUUCUUUUCAUGAACAAGAUGGACCGUGCUCUUCUCGAGUUGCAACUUGGAGCUGAGGAACUCUUCCAAACCUUCCAACGUAUUGUUGAGAACAUCAACGUCAUCAUCGCCACCUACGGAGACGACGACGGACCGAUGGGACCAAUCAUGGUCGAUCCAUCUGUCGGAAACGUCGGAUUCGGAUCUGGACUCCACGGAUGGGCCUUCACCCUCAAGCAAUUCUCUGAGAUGUACGCCGACAAGUUCGGAGUUCAGGUUGACAAGCUCAUGAAGAACCUCUGGGGAGAUCGUUUCUUCGACCUCAAGACCAAGAAGUGGAGCAACACCCAAACCGAUGACGCCAAGAGAGGAUUCAACCAAUUCGUUCUUGACCCAAUCUUCAUGGUCUUCGAUGCCAUCAUGAACCUCAAGAAGGACAAGACCGCUGCUCUCGUUGAAAAGCUCGGAAUCAAGCUCGCUAACGACGAGAAGGACUUGGAAGGAAAGCCACUCAUGAAGGCUUUCAUGCGUAGAUGGCUCCCAGCCGGAGACACUAUGCUCCAGAUGAUCACCUUCCACUUGCCAUCCCCAGUGACUGCCCAAAAAUACAGAAUGGAGAUGCUUUACGAGGGACCACAUGACGAUGAGGCCGCCGUUGCCAUCAAGACCUGCGACCCUAACGGACCACUCAUGAUGUACGUCUCCAAGAUGGUGCCAACAUCCGACAAGGGACGUUUCUACGCUUUCGGACGUGUCUUCUCCGGAAAGGUUGCCACCGGAAUGAAGGCCCGUAUCCAGGGACCAAACUACGUUCCAGGAAAGAAGGAGGAUCUCUACGAGAAGACCAUCCAACGUACCAUCCUCAUGAUGGGAAGAUACAUCGAGCCAAUUGAGGAUAUUCCAUCCGGAAACAUCGCUGGACUCGUCGGAGUCGAUCAAUACCUCGUCAAGGGAGGAACCAUCACCACCUACAAGGAUGCCCACAACAUGCGUGUCAUGAAGUUCUCCGUCUCUCCAGUCGUGCGUGUCGCCGUCGAGGCCAAGAACCCAGCCGAUCUUCCAAAGCUCGUCGAAGGACUUAAGCGUCUUGCCAAGUCCGACCCAAUGGUCCAAUGUAUCUUCGAAGAAUCCGGAGAGCACAUCAUCGCCGGAGCUGGAGAACUCCACUUGGAAAUCUGUCUUAAGGAUUUGGAGGAAGACCACGCCUGCAUCCCACUCAAGAAAUCCGACCCAGUCGUCUCAUACCGUGAAACCGUCCAAGCCGAGUCCAACCAGAUCUGCUUGUCCAAAUCUCCAAACAAGCACAACCGUCUCCACUGUACCGCUCAGCCGAUGCCAGAUGGUCUCGCCGACGAUAUCGAAGGAGGAACCGUCAACGCUCGUGAUGAGUUCAAGGCUCGUGCCAAGAUUCUCGCCGAGAAGUACGAAUACGACGUCACUGAGGCCCGUAAGAUCUGGUGCUUCGGACCAGACGGAACCGGACCAAAUCUCUUGUUCGAUGUCACCAAGGGAGUUCAAUACCUCAACGAAAUCAAGGAUUCCGUCGUCGCUGGAUUCCAAUGGGCCACCCGUGAAGGAGUUCUCUCCGACGAAAACAUGCGCGGAGUUCGCUUCAACAUCCAUGACGUCACCCUCCACGCUGACGCCAUCCACAGAGGAGGAGGUCAAAUCAUCCCAACUGCCCGUCGUGUGUUCUACGCUUCCAUCCUUACCGCCGAGCCACGUAUUCUCGAGCCAGUGUACUUGGUCGAAAUUCAAUGCCCAGAAGCCGCCGUUGGAGGUAUCUACGGAGUGUUGAACAGAAGAAGAGGACACGUCUUCGAGGAGUCCCAAGUCACCGGAACCCCAAUGUUCGUCGUCAAGGCUUACUUGCCUGUCAACGAGUCCUUCGGAUUCACCGCUGAUCUCCGCUCCAACACCGGAGGACAAGCCUUCCCACAAUGCGUGUUCGACCAUUGGCAGGUGCUCCCAGGAGACCCACUCGAGGCCGGAACCAAAUCGUCUUGGACACCAGAAAGAGAAAGGGACUCAAGGAGGGUAUCCCAGCCCUCGACAACUAUCUCGACAAGAUGUAAUUCUGUCAAGACUUGUUUAUUGUUAAAUUUUCUAUUAUAA